AUGCCUCCGUCUAUCGAUGCAUACACGCCACUCGAGGUAGUCGAGUUUGUCUCGCGUGCCGGCUCAGUUAAGGGGCACAUGCGGCUGGACAAGAUCUUUCUCAGCUCUUUAUCCGCCGGAUGUCUGCUAGCACUGGCAUGCGGAACCACUCUGAGCACCAACGCUAGUCCCUGGUUCACAGAGAACGCCCCCGGCCUGAUCCGGACGAUCAGUGCGCUUGUCUUUCCCUAUGGGUUGGUCUUGAUCAUCCUUACUGGUGCAGACCUCUGCACUGGCUCAUUUAUGUUUACGACCGUCGCUGCUCUCCAUCGCCGACUUUCCUGGCCGAAAAUGCUCCUGCACUGGUUCAUAACGUUUUGGGGGAACCUUUGCGGCUCGUUAUUCGUUGUCGCCAUCAUCUUUGGCUACGGCGAAGUCUUCUCCGCUGACCCCUUCCGCUCCGCCGUAAUCUCCUUCGCAACCAAGAAACAAGUGACGCCCGAAUUCCACAGUAUCUUCCUUCGUGGCAUCGGAUGCAACUGGCUCGUCUGUCUGGCGUGCUUCCUUGGUCUGCAGGGUCGGGAUAUGGCGUCUAAGAUAAUCGGCAUUUGGCUACCCAUCUACGCUUUCGUCAGUCUGGGCUUUGACCACGUUGUUGCGAACAUGACAUUCAUCCCGUUGGCGAUCUGGCUCGAUGCCCCCGGAAUCUCGGUGGGGCUGUAUAUCUGGAAGGGGAUUAUCCCGACCUUGUUGGGAAAUAUAGUUGGGGGUGGGUUGUUUGUCGGAACUUAUUACUGGUAUAUGUACCUGCUUCAGACCAACCCGGUCACCCUUACGGGGUUACGAAAGACAAAGGCUGGUGAAAGCGAGGGGACUGUCACGCCUAGACAAGACGAUGUCGAGGCGAACGCGGGGACGGUGCAGGGAGUUGAGGGGAGCAAGAUGGGGGGUUGA